AUAUAGCUCGCGUGACCGGAAGCUUUAUAAAAAGCCUAGCCUAUUGUAACACCAAGGUCACGCCCCCAUAUCUCAUACACAUAUGUGGAACUUGAUAACACAGGAAAGGCUGAUAAUAUAUACAACGACUGGAAGCAGACGAGACUGGCUUUAGUACCUGUAUACUUUCCCCGGUUCCACCUCAUCCUGAGUCAAUGUCUAACAUGGAUACCUCCGAAUAUCUCGGGGGGGAAUGAAUGGAAAUAAUGGGGAAGUACGUCCCCACCAACCGUACAAGACCGUCCACUUCAGACAAGGACGAGUUAUUGUGGACCUGAUGCUCAUCGGGGAAUACAACGCUGGAAAGUCAAGCAUCAUUCGACGAUUUGUGGAUGGAACAUUUGACGACAGUUUGUGUUAUACGAUUGGCUGCAGUUUUUAUGUGAAGAACGUAUGUCUUGACCGUUCUGACAUCAAGUUAAGACUGUGGGACACCUCCGGAGGCGAACGGUACAGGGGCCCUAGUAGGUCAGAGUACCGGCACUGUCACGGCGUUAUCAUCGUGUAUGACGUCACAAACAUGAAAAGCUUUGAAAACAUCGCAAGCAUUUGGCUGAAGAACAUAGAGCAAAAUGGAACGAGUGACCUAGUGGUGAUGAUCGUUGGAACCAAGUGUGACCUUCCGGGUCGACAGGUUGAUUACGUCACGGCUAAGAAAUAUGCCGACAGACUGAACGUACCGUUGAUGGAGAUAAGUUCCCUGACAGGAUAUGGCAUUGACCGUGCCAUCAUGUCUGCCGUUACCAUGGCCUUAGACAAGAUUAUCCAAAACGCAUCGUCGAUAUGUGAAGGGGAAUAUGUCUAUGCAAAGAGGAAAACUGACAAUGGCUGUCAACUCUCCUGAUGGCUAACAAAACGCCAAAGAUCUUAAAACAAUUAAGGAUGGAUGUCAUCUACACUGAUAGUCCGCAUAGCUAACAAUAUUGACACUGUUUGUCAAAUGUACUGGGAGCACAAAGAUCUGACAACAUUCGCACCGACUGUCAACAGUACUAAGUGGACAUAGAUUUAAUAACAACUGAUACUGGCUGUCAAACGUAGUAAGGAUCCAGAGAUUAAUUAACUCUUGUUUACUUACUGAACAUACAUAUUCGUAAAAGAUGUGCAUUGCUUAGGUUGCCUUACAAUCGUCAGCUGUAGGGAAUUCCCUCAGCGGUAAAGCAUCGUGCUGGAGCCCCAUCGACGGCACUAUCUUUAUCACUAUUUCUCGUCAUACUACACAACCUGGUGCCGUUGACCCUCUCCGUUUAAGGUAGGAGAACACUUGGCGGGAAGCCAAAGAACCUGGGUUACAUUCUUCUAUGAAGAAUAAUUGUUUUCAUGUGUAUUGAAGACUAAUGAUAUUGACGUGUUUUUUUUUAUUUUGACUGGUGCUUCAAUUCUAUAAAAUGGAACAAAUCACAUCAUUAUUGCAUGAAGUUCUAAUAAGAACAGAUGUAGUUUAAUGUAACAUGUACGGUCUAUACGUGCGCUUCCUGCACCAAAUUUAUUUGUUGAAAUAAGAUAGUUUUGUACAUGUAGUUCAUAUCGGACUUGACACGAGUUUCCAUGCAUUUCAUAUAAAAAUGAAACAUGCAUAUUUCUUUUCUUUUUAUCGAGCACCUAGCGAGCUAAGAUAAAGUGAUUUUAAGGUAACUUCUAUCCCAAGAUCAAAACCUGCUUUUCCAUCUCAUUCUUGAAGGCUAAAAUACUGCCAUCUUGGCGCAAUACAUAAUGUUUCCAUUGUGACGUUAAAAUAUAAUACAAGACCCUGUGACGUUAUGUCAUUCCAAUGUAUAUCGUUGUGUUGGUACUAUUACAUGCGUUCAUAUGCCAUAUAUAUAUAUGGCAUUUGCAUUUGCUGAAUGGUUACGCAAGUUGAAUGGGUUCCUCAUGCAUCCAGUUUAACUGGGAAAUAGUACAAGUAAUCUGGUCCGUAGUUUUAGAUGACGUGACACUGUAUGUGUAAUGCUUAUGUGCUUGUUUUGUUGGGAUGUUUGUGUUAUGAAUUUUGUUAAUAAAAUACGUUAUUUUAUAUACUGUU